AUGUGCAUACCCCGUGCCAGAUGGCUGACCCUAAUCCCCAGUUUCAGAUUGCUCAUGGCGCUCUCGUUUCUCGCAGAAGCCUGCGUGAAGGUGAGAGCCGUGCAGCCACGCGUGGCGAUCUGUCUCAUUGGCGGGGCCCGUCACUUUGAGCUCACAGCGUCAUCUCUCAAGAGGCACGUCCUAUCAGCGUACCCGGGCUCGCACGCGUUCAUCAUCGCGUCUCUGGAUGGGGAUGCCAAGAAGCUCGCGCUGCUGGCGGCCCAUCCCGCUGUGGUGUCUGUGUUCGUGAGGCAGCAAGUGCGGAUCAAUGAGAGUCGCUUCCCCACGCACGUCCUGGCCGUGCCCAGUGUCCAGGGCCAGCUGCAUCAGUUUCUCAAAGUGGAGCAAUGCGUUGCAGCCAUUACUUCAUUCGAGCACUAUCAUCAGUUCAAGUACACAUGGGUUCUUUGGACAAGACUUGACACGUACUGGACCGCUCCUCCUCCACCAUUGGAUUCGCUUGAUCCCACGGCCUAUGUUGUGCCACGUGGCAGUCCGUGGGGUGGUCUCAACGACCGCUUCGGCAUGGCGCGGCGGGACAUAGCAUUGGGUGCUUUGAAACGCCUGUCGUCCCUCCACCAGCUAGCACAGGCCAACCUAUCCCAGCUAAAUGGGGAGAAAGCCCUUCAGCACCAGUUGCGGCUGCAAGGCAUAGCAGCCACGCCCUCUCCCCUGCCCUUCUGUGUGCUGUCCUUUCGCCGGAAGCUCUUCAACGGCUAUGUCUUUGCUCCUCUUCGUUCCGAGAGUGCUGCUGAUGGGAUCUCGUGUCGGCCCUGCCAUCCCAUGCCCGUGGAGGAGAGGUGCAACCCAUGGCGAGGGUACGAGCCAGGCUGGCAGCAUAUCUUCCUUGAAGGUGCAGCAGCGGAGGAGAAAAGCACCCUGGACUAUGCAUCGCGGUUGAGCGGGGAGUUAGUAUGUGAAGAGGAAUGGGAGCGAUGGCGAAAGAAGGCUCACGUAUGGGAUUGCGCUACUGCUCAUGAUAUUUGUGGGGCUGUGUCAGAAUGUACCAAGAGAAUAUGCAAGAUGCUGUAG